AGAAGGCUUUAACUUUGAAAAUAUUUGUUCGGAAACUAGGUUGAUACUUUCUGCCAGCUUGACCUGUAAAUUUCUAAGCUAUCUUCUGAUGUUCCUGUGUCGGCUGUUGCAGAAGGAGCGCAGGGUCAUUGGGCUUGUUUUAUAGUCGACGGAAUGCCCUUCAAAGCUUUUCUUUUGUGACUAAAAAUAAGACAGUUAUGUCGUGAAUAUACUUGCAAAUUUUCACUUUUUAAUAUGGCUCCAUGAUAGUUGUGUUCCCAGCUACACAAUAUAUUAGCAUAGCCUGUACGAGUGAACUACUGAACAAAAAGUGGGUUUCGUUGUCGAGUUUAACUAACUUUUAUUAGUUUUAUAGUCAAGCUUUUGCUUCAUCGUCGCGGCAUGGAGUCAUUUGGAUGUAUUGGUACUAUUCUGGGAUGCUCUGCUUGUGUUGCAGUAGGUGGGCUUGUGCUUACUGCCUACAAACUUGGUUUAUUCUACCAGAUGUUCCACAAGACUGAGACAAAGAGUCCCAGACAUGGUGGUGAGAGUGUGGCAGAGGUACUCCGUGCACAUGGGAUCAAGUUCCUUUUUACACUUGUCGGUGGGCACAUCUCACCCAUCCUUGUGGCUUGCGAGAAGGUGGGCAUCCGCAUUGUGGACACCAGACACGAGGCUACUGCUGUGUUCGCUGCGGAUGCUGUGGCAAGACUCUCAGGCACUGUUGGUGUAGCUGCAGUGACUGCUGGCCCUGGUCUGACUAACACAGUGACUGCAGUGAAAAAUGCACAAAUGGCUGAAUCACCACUUCUGCUCUUGGGGGGAGCAGCUGGUACACUACUGCAGGGCAGAGGAGCACUGCAAGACAUCGACCAGAUGUCUCUCUUCAAGCCGCUGUGUAAGUUCUGUGCCUCCAUCAGGACAGUCAGGGAGAUCGUGCCUACGGUCAGGAAGGCCCUGGCCAUCGCUCAGUCGGGAACACCUGGACCUGUUUUCAUAGAGUUCCCCAUUGACACAUUGUAUCCUUACCACCUGGUGUCCAAAGAGUUUGCUGUUAAGAACCCUCCCAAAGGCCUAGUAGGAACAAUUGUGUCAUGGUACCUCAACAACCACCUAAUGAACCUUUUUGCUGGAGCCUGGGAAACAAGAGAUGUUUCCCCACUUCCUGUUCACAUCCCUCAAGCCACAGACGAUCAGUUACAAAGGUGCAUAGAGCUUGUGAGCCGAGCCAAAAAACCAGUGAUUCUACUGGGAAGCCAAGCAACGCUUCCCCCAACACCAGUUGAUGACAUUAGGAGGGCUUUGGAGGAUCUAGGUAUACCCAGUUUCCUUGGAGGCAUGUCCCGUGGUAUGCUGGGUAAAGACAGCCCUAUCCACAUCCGACAGAAUAGACGAGACGCUUUAAAGGAUGCUGACUUGGUUCUCUUGGCAGGUACUGUGUGCGACUUCAGGCUGAGUUAUGGCAGAGUUCUCAACAGGCGCAGCAAAAUCAUCUCCGUCAACAGAGACAAAUCGCAGCUGCUGAAAAACUCUGAUAUGUUCUGGAAACCAACUAUAGCAAUUCAGGGUGAUGCUGGCUCAUUUUUAGUGCGCCUUUCCAAAGGGCUGAAGGGCCAUCGCUGUCCAGAGGAAUGGCCACAGAGCCUCAAAGCUGGAGAUCUGACCAAAGAAAAUACAAACAGGGCUAAAGCUGAAGAGAAGACCGAACACCACCUCAAUCCCUUGAAAGUUCUCCACUGUGUGGAUGAGCUGAUGGCUGAGGACAGCAUCAUUGUAGCGGAUGGGGGAGAUUUUGUAGGAAGUGCUGCUUACAUAAUGAGGCCAAGAGGACCUCUGCGUUGGCUUGAUCCAGGGGCUUUUGGGACUCUGGGAGUUGGAGGAGGUUUUGCUCUGGGAGCAAAACUGUGCCGGCCUGAAUCUGAGGUGUGGAUCGUCUAUGGUGACGGCUCCUUGGGGUACAGUGUUGCAGAGUUUGACACAUUUACGAGACACAAGACACCAGUUAUAGCUGUGGUGGGAAACGAUGCGUGCUGGAGUCAGAUAUCCAGAGAGCAGGUUCCCAUCCUCGGCAGCAAUGUUGCCUGUGGCCUUGCAUUUACGGAUUAUCACACGGUGGCAGAGGGUUAUGGUGGUAAGGGCUACCUUGUGGGGCAGAAAGAUGAGGAUCGACUAAGUGACAUGGUCAGGCAGGCUCAGAAGGAGACAAAGGAGGGCAAAGCUGUACUUCUCAAUGUUCUGAUAGGGAAAACCAACUUUAGAGAAGGAUCCAUCUCAGUAUAAUUCAGCUGUGUAUUUACAGCAACUUUAUAUUCUUUUUCCUCUAACUUUGGCUUUAUGUAUAAACUUAAAUUGUCAAGUUCUAUGAGGGAUUUCAGCUUUUUAAAAAAUACCAUUUAUUUAAACCAUGUUCAAACCUCAGCUAAUCCUUUGUGCCCUUAAAGUUGGAGUUCACUUUUACUGAUUAUCGAUUGCUCAUAAGAGCAAGAAAGGAUCUAAAGCUUACUUAAUUAAUUUCAGUGGCAGUAGAAUUUGCAUAAAAAAGCUUAAUAUUUUGAAAAUGACAAAUGGUACGAAUGCCACAAGUCAAAGCAUCAAAAGCUGCACUGAAGACAUUCAGCCAAUAACACUUAUUUCCUUUAUCUGGCUUGAAAGAAAAAGAAACACUAAUAGCAACAUAGCACUAACUUUUGUUGUCCAUCAUGCUGCUGCAUUUCAAAGGGAACAAAUUAAUAUCAAGAUACUUUUUCUCUAUAUUUGGAUUGUUUUUUUUUUACAUUUAAACAAGCAUUGCAAAUAGACUAAUCAAUGCACUUUCUCAUGCAUUUAUCAUUAGAAAGUGAAUUGAUUUAAGUAGUCAGAUGAAACCAUUAUGCCUUUUUUUCCUGUUCUGACAUAAACACAAAGCUUUUACCUUGAUUUUGGGAAAUCUUAGAGCUGCAAUAUGCUACAUAAGCCGGUGAAUUAAGAUAAAAAUGUGAUUGCCUGGAAGAUUUUUUUGAAUGUUGAGAAAUGACAAAAUGGUAUGCCUUUUAAUGUUUGAUUGUAGCUUUGAAUACAUUGCUGUGUGUAGACUGGAAAUGUAUCUGCUGAUUCAGUUGAGAAUUAAAGUGAUAUUUAAUAUUAA